AAAAGCGCGUGCCCAGGUGAGCCAGCCUCAGUCGGAGCGGGUCAUGACUGCAGACUGAUGCGGGUAGCUGCGUGAGGAGCCACCAGAGGAACCAGGAUGGUGAAGUGCUGGACGCGUUCAGGAGGAGGCCGGGGCGCGGGUGAAGGUUCUUACUCGGCCCACUUCCCAGCCAAGGGGUUCUGGAUCUGCCUGUCGGCGCUGCUGCUCCUGGUCGCCAUGGCGAUGGGACUGACCGGCUAUCUUGCGCUGACCGGGCCGGGCUCUACGUCCCUGCAGACCGUGCGGCUGACGGCGCCGGACCAGACGGGGGUUCUGCUCAACCAGACGGCCGUUUUGGACCCGCAGAACCACCUGGUGACACUUUCCGUCACCGCGGCAGGAAACCAGACGUCCACGGUUCUGUUCGACGUCAAACAUGGCCUGAUCUGCUACCGACCUGCAGACCAGCAGCGCUGCUUCCUGCAGACCAUGGAGCGCUCCGACUACGACCACGUGGGCUCCCUGCUCAGCGGACCGCAGAACCAGGGAGACGUCCAGCUGUCUGGGAACGAGACGCAGAGGCGGACGCAGUUCCUGGGCGUGAUGGCGGGCGGUCAGGUGGGCGUGGCCUCGCUGGACGAGCCGCUCCGGACGCUGUGUCGGGACAGAACCGUCCACCAGACCCGCAGGACCGACGGCCCAGGCAAACAGCGGCUGGUCUACUUCUGCAUCGACAUCUGCUUCCCCAGCAACAUCUGUGUGUCGGUGUGUUUCUACUACCUGCCUGAGUGACGGAGGUCAGCCUGUAAGCAGAGCAUCGGCAUGGUGGUGGAGCAAUGCGCCCCCUGGUGGCAUCAUCUGGAGGUUCCAGACAGAAUCUGUUUUUGUUUAGACUGGGGUGUAAUUAUGUGCAACCAUUGUAGAAAUGUUUUUAACUGCCUUAUAAAACACAGACAGU